AUGGCAACAUCGAAUACAUGUUGUAUUGUACAUGAUCGAAAGUAUCUAUCGAAAUUUCAUGGAACUAUUAAUCAAAUUCGUCGAACAAAUGAAUUUAGUUCUUCAAUUCUACAACGAUUACCAAAACGAUGUUGUACAUGUCACAAUCAAACAGGAGCGUAUCCAUUGACAUUCGAUGAUUUGCGUAAACUUUGUCAAGAAAUGAAAUUAACAGAAAAUGGAAUACCAUCGACAGCUGACUGUUCGAAUAAUGUUCAUUAUGUAAUACUUGAAUUUUCUUCAAUACUAAGUCAAAUUCAACGUAUGUACCAAGUCGGUCGCUUCAUUGGACGAGGUGGUUCACAUCUUCGACUUCUUGAAAGUACAUUAAAUGUUCGUAUUAAUAUUAUUAAUGACAAAUCCAGCAAAAAUUUUCGUCAAAUGAUCAAUGAAAUUCAAACAAAAAAUGAAGAAUCUCGUAAAGAUGGUCUUUGGAUAUUGAUUGACAUGAAAAAUAGCAAUAAAAAUAAUGAUGAAAAUAGCCUUGAUAAAGUUAAACAAUCAUUGCAAGAUGAAUGGAAAAAAAUCAAUGCUAUGAUUAUCAAAAAGAAACAAACAGUGUUAAAUCCAUCCUCUGAAACCAGGAUACUAUCAAAAGCAAAUAUUUUUCGAGACACCCGUUGGAAACCUAAAGAUCAUAGGCGAAAUAAGAAAUAUCUACAAAAACAGAAAGAAUCUAUCGUACCUGAAGAAAUUUCUCCACAACCAUUUGUUCGACCUAUAUCAAUGCCUAAAGAAGUUGUAAAAUCUCUAAAAACUAAACGAAAAUAA